AUCAAACCGUCUUUUAGAGACUUCGUCAUCAAAGAAAUUUGUAUUGUAUAAAAACCAACAUGAAUAUUACGUCAGCAGCUGGUAUUAUUUCCCUCCUUGAAGAGCCAAUGCCAGAGUUGAAGGUGUUUGAUUUAAAAAAAUUAGAUAUGAUAGUGGAUGAAUUUUGGCCUGAAAUUUCUGAGGCCAUAGAAAAAAUUGAAAUUCUUCAUGAAGAUAUAUCAUUCCCACAACAUGAUUUAGCUGCAUUAGUUGCUAGUAAAGUAUACUAUCAUUUAGGAAGUUUUGAAGAUUCUCUUACUUAUGCUCUUGGAGCUGGAGAGCUCUUUGAUGUCAAUGCUCGUAAUGAAUAUGUUGAUACUACCAUAGCCAAAUGUAUUGAUUAUUACACUCAGCAACGUGUGUUGGAAGCUGAAGGAAAAUUACCACGUGGUAGUACGGGAAUUGACCCAAGAUUAAAAGGAAUUGUGAAUAGAAUGUUUCAACGGUGUUUAGAUGAUAAUCAAUAUAGACAAGCUCUAGGUCUUGCUCUUGAAACAAGAAGAAUGGACAUUUUUGAAGCUGCAAUUAUGCAGUCUGAUGAUGUUAAUGGCAUGUUGUCUUAUGCAUUUCAAGUUGUCAUGAGUCUUAUUCAAAAUCGUGGUUUUCGUAAUACCGUACUUCGUUGCCUAGUGAGCCUUUAUCGAAACCUAGGAACACCAGAUUAUGUCAACAUGUGUCAGUGUUUGAUAUUUCUUGAUGAUCCAUUAGCUGUUGCUGAACUUCUAGACAGAUUGAGCAAAGGUUCACAAGAUUGUGUUCUCAUGGCCUAUCAAAUUGCAUUUGAUUUAUAUGAAUCAGCAACUCAACAGUUCCUUGGUCGUGUCUUACAAGCUCUCAGAGCAACAGCUCCCAUUCCAGGAGCUCUUAUGGUUAAACCAAUUGUAAAAGCAGCUCCAAAAGUAACUACCGAAAGCAGUUCUGAAUCUACGGCAAUGGAAACCGAAACCAGUACUACACCAGCUCCAGAGGAAAAAUCUGAACGUAGCGUUGAAAGUUUGAAUGCCGAAGAACGCGAACAGCAAGAACGUGUGGAUGCUUUGUCCAGUAUAUUAGGUGGAGAAAUUUCAAUCGAUUUGCACCUGCAAUUUUUAAUUCGUAGUAAUCAUACCGAUAUGUUAAUAUUGAAAAAUACUAAAGAUACUAUACGUGUUUCUAUCUGUCACACUGCCACCGUAAUCGCGAACGCGUACAUGCACUCUGGAACUACUAGCGAUCAAUUUUUAAGAGAUAACUUAGAAUGGUUGGCGCGGGCCACGAAUUGGGCCAAAUUAACAGCAACAGCGUCUUUAGGAGUAAUUCAUAGGGGUCAUGAACAAGAAGCUUUAGCUUUAAUGCAAUCUUAUCUCCCACGAGACACCAGUGCAGGAGCGGGUUAUUCUGAAGGAGGUGGUUUAUACGCGUUAGGACUUAUUCAUGCGAACCACGGCGCUGCAAUAACAGAUUAUUUACUGGGCCAGCUGAAGGACGCACAGAAUGAAAUGGUUCGUCACGGCGGCUGCUUAGGACUAGGUCUCGCGGCCAUGGGUUCGCACAGGCAGGAUGUAUACGAACAGUUAAAGUUUAACCUUUAUCAGGACGACGCUGUUACCGGCGAGGCAGCAGGCAUUGCCAUGGGUAUGGUUAUGCUAGGAUCAAAGUCAACCCAGGCAAUAGAAGAUAUGGUUGCGUACGCCCAAGAAACUCAGCACGAGAAGAUCCUUCGAGGAUUAGCUGUGGGUAUUGCGUUCACCAUGUAUGGUCGCCUGGAGGAAGCUGAUCCUCUGGUCACUUCUCUUUGUGCUGACAAGGAUCCGAUACUUCGUAGAAGCGGCAUGUACACCCUUGCGAUGGCCUAUUGCGGAACCGGAAACAACCAGGCCAUCAGGAAGUUACUACACGUUGCUGUCUCUGAUGUCAACGACGACGUUCGACGAGCAGCAGUUACCGGUCUGGGAUUCCUACUGUUCAGAACCCCGGAACAAUGUCCCAGCGUGGUUUCUCUAUUAGCAGAAAGUUAUAAUCCUCACGUAAGGUACGGUGCAGCAAUGGCUCUGGGAAUUGCUUGUGCCGGCACCGGUUUGAAAGAGGCGAUAGCUUUACUGGAUCCAAUGACAAACGACUCGGUGAACUUUGUUCGUCAAGGUGCCCUGAUCGCCUCCGCAAUGAUCCUGAUCCAACAAACCGAGGCGACCUGUCCCCGUGUCAAAGACUUCAGGGCAUUGUACGCGAAGGUCGUGGUGGACAAACACGAGGACGUAAUGGCGAAAUUCGGCGCCAUUCUAGCGCAGGGUAUCAUCGAUGCCGGUGGUCGUAACGUGACAGUGUCACUGCAAUCGAGGACAGGCCACACGAACAUGCUGGCAGUGGUUGGUGCAUUAGUAUUCACCCAGUAUUGGUACUGGUUCCCUCUAGCCCACUGUUUGGCCCUGGCCUUCACUCCGACAUGUUUAAUCGCUCUGAAUGCACAACUGAAGAUGCCAAAGCUAGAAAUUCGCUCGAACGCCAGACCAAGUGUCUACGCUUAUCCGGCGCCUUUGGAAGAAAAGAAGCGCGAAGAAAGGGAGAAGAUCACGACUGCUGUCCUCAGUAUCGCCGCGAGGGCGCGUAGACGUGAAUCAGAGAGGCGUGCUCGUGAUUCUCACGAGAAAAUGGAAGUGGACCCGCCAGAGACGACGAAAGAAGUCGUCGAGAUGGCAUCCAAGGAGAAAGAAGAGAAGAAAAAGGAGAAGGAGGAGAAGGAAGUGAAAGAGGUGAAGGAGGUGAAGGAGGUGAAGGAGGUGAAGGAGGUGAAGGAGGUGAAGGAGGUGAAAGAGGUGAAAGAGGUGAAAGAGGUGAAGGAUACGAAAGUGGAGAAGAAGAGCAAGGACGAGGGUGAGAAGACGGAGGAGAAGAAGAAAGAAGCUGAACCGAACUUCGAGAUUCUUCAGAAUCCAGCUCGCGUGCUGAGACAGCAAUUGAAGGUGAUACAGCUCGUGGAGGGUAGCCAUUACGUACCUGUCAAAGAUAUCCAGAUUGGAGGCAUUGUCAUGGUGAAGCACAUUAAGUCCGACACAGAGGAAGAGCUGGUAGAGCCAGUUGCCGCUUACGGACCCCAUCCGGAGGAGGAACAGGAAGCGGAACCCCCAGAACCGUUCGAAUACAGCGAAGAUUAAACGGUCGCGUGAUCCAGAACAUAUCUCCGUGACUCGGACGUCACUAUACCAGACAAUUUGUUCACAUAUACGCACGUGUAUAGCUCGCAGUCUGUAGAAGCAAUGCGGAGAAAAGAAAGAAAAAGAAAAAAGCUGUUGCCACUGUCUCUCCCCCCACUUCGAUAAAAAUAAUCCGUUGUUCCUACAGCGACACGUCCUUUUUUUUAUUUUCAUAUAAUUCAUUCCCUGGGAGGAAUAGCCCCGUGACUCUCGAUACUCUUUUAUCUGUCAUCGAACUGCUGCUG